GAUUCGGCGGCGGAGGCAGCGAUCGAGAUCAUGUCUCUCCGGUCCCUCGGUUACCUCCUCACCCGGAGGCGCAAGAUCUACAGGGUGCAGGCGGAGUCCUCGCUGGGGAUCGUCUCCCAGGCGGCCUCCGUGUCGGCGGCUGGCAGGCCAGGACGUUCUCUACACACACUCAGAGAUCUCGGCGCUGGUGAUAACGUUAACGCCUUUGGCGCUGUGGUCGCGGCCGCGUUGGCUGGAGGGCUUGGAAUCUUGAUUCUCAAGAAACAUCCAGAUGACCCAGUAGUAGGUAGCAACGUGACCAACGGGGAGGACACCAAGGAGGAGGCUAGCAGGAAAACUGCGGUGACAGACAACAAGAAGCCCAUGCAGGUGGAGGUAGUAACUGACAUGGAGAAGCGGGACGUUGACGUGGAAGAAGCAAGGUAUCGUGAGUGGAUGAAGCGGGAGGGCAAGGUAGACCCAAAUCAAGAGGAGAGGAAGCGAUUUGAGGUCUUCAAGGAAACGGUGAAGGAGAUGGACGCUCUGUACGAGAAAUCGUCGGUCCGGUACCUUCCAGAAAGCCCUUGGGCAGACAUGACCUAUCAAGAAAUCAUGGAGAUGAGAGGCUACAACAAAAGGAUUAACUCUGACCAGUACCGUGCAGAAGAGAAGGCUGUGAUUCGUAUCAUGAAGGAGCGGGCACAAAAGUUGAUGGAAGAAGGGAAGCUCAAAAAACACAACCGCUACUCGCAUCUUUUUCCUGAAAAAACAGGAGCGUGAACAAAAGGCGAAGGAAGAAGGGAGCCUCCACAACUGUUCGAAGCAGUAAUGCAGCCGGCAACAGCUAUCCAUGAGAGAAGCGCCGGUUCUUUGGUUGCCACUGUGCCUGCCAGCUGCCUUGUACUUGUAACGACCCAAGUUUAAUUAUCAUGUUAAGCAUUGCAUGAUGAGCAUCCUUGUUUAGCUUUGAGAAAAAAUUUGUGCUUGAUUUGAAUGCAUUUGAAUUUAAUUUUGAAUUGUUGAUACAUUUGAAACUCA